AUGCCAGAAAAUACUUCAGUCUUCAGUCGUCUUCCGACCAUAUCCACCAGAAGAACUGCUAGUGCCUCGAAAUAUUCAACAUCGUCGCGGAAUGGUUCCAGGGCUUCCUGUCACUCCUUUUCACCGAAAGGUAUCACUCCCAUCAGAGCUUCUAGGAGUGCUCUGUCCAUGACACCCAGAAGCACUCUCUUGUCCUCCAACUGCGACUCGUUUUCCAACCAAAGUGUCAGUGACUUGUCUUGUGAAGACCCCACGGAGUAUCAGCAACGACGAAAUCGUAUGAAAGAUGGAAAAUUUGGGAAGCUGUUUCAGAAUUAUUUUCCAGAAAAAGUUGAUGCCCCUCCCGAGAUUUCCGAACCCUCGGAUGAUGAACCUUAUGAAACAGAUUUGGAGGAAGAUCUCGGUACGAAUCUAAUUAAACAAGAAAAGGGUCUUCAUCGUCACGAACAUGAAUAUAAAUAUGGACAGUUCUGUGAACAAUUGAAAGUGGUACCUAAUAAUUAUUUUUUACGCCAUGGUAAAACUGAAGAGUUGAAUAUGAAAUUUAGAUAUUUAAACUAUGGUGAUGCUACUGCUAUGACUAAACUAAUAAAGACUCAAGAUCUGGUAUCUAAAUUAAACUUAUCAGAGAAUGGAAUUGGUCCUGCCGCCAUGUUGUCUAUAGGAGAACUUCUGCUACAUAACAAAACUAUUACAGAAAUGAAUCUGGCUAAUAACAAGAUUGGUGUUUAUGGAGCUCGUUUGACUAAAAUUAUCAUGCAGAAUAAUAAUAAACUGACUAAAAUAGACAUAUCAGGAAAUAAUAUAGGAGAGAAAGGCGGUGUUCAUUCUGCACACAUAAUACAGAACAACAUCUAUCUGAAAGAGUUUAACUUGGCGAAUAAUAGAAUCGGUGAUAAAGGUACCAUAGCUAUUGGGAAAGCUUUAGGAAACAAUGUAACGUUAGAACUACUGGAUAUCAGCUGGAAUCACAUUCAACUACCAGGAGCACUGGCCGUGGCACGUGGUAUGAAGUCCAACGAUCAACUGAAAGUGUUACGAGUGUCAAUGAACGGUUUUGGUAAACUAGGAACUCAAGCCCUGAUAGAACAUAUUCCUCAUAUCAGCUUGACAGAAUUAGAUCUGAGUUCCAACAGAAUUGAUGGAGAUGGUGCCAUGGCUAUUGCUGAUGUAUUAAAGAAACACUCUAAGCUGGAGAUCCUGCAGCUGAACAAUAACACUCUAUCGGUGGAAGGGGUCAAUAAAAUGGUUCAGAUGAUUUCAUCCAACACCAAUUGUCAUAUCAAGCACCUGGGAUUAAAGAAGGUUACAGUUGACGGAGAUUUCAUAACUGCAGCCGAGAACCUGAAAUCUCAGAACAUCAGCGUAGAAUAUUCGCUGGAUUUUUCACAACGAAAGAGUGCGCGUGAACUUACCCGCCACGAGUUGGAAGACUUUGCCGCCAUCUUGGAACAAAAUGGCGUCAGCAUUCGGGAUGUGUUCGAUGAUGUUAUUAGUGCUAAUUCUUUGAUGAGGGUGGAAGAUUUUUUGUAUCUUGUUGAAAUGUCUGAUAGAUGUUCUAACGAAACAGUCAAAGUUAUAAGAAGAAAUACAGUGGAAUCCAAAAAUCAUAGAUUUAUUCUCAAGAAUUUAUUAUCCAUUGAAGAGGAAUUGAAAGCAGCAGAUGAAAUUUGUACAUCGAAUCGAAAACCGGAAGAGGACGUUUCAGACGUGUCGUCAGGGAGGUCGUCUGUACCGGACAUGACACUAGACAACAAUCAGGAACGACUAUGGACGCCGUCAGUGAAAACGAGAAAGAAAAGUAAAAAGUCUAAAUCGAAGCGAAAGUGAAAGUACUAUCAUAGACUGAAGCGGAUUAUAGACUCGCAUAAUGACUAUAAAAUCAUCUUGAGAUCAUCACUGCUUUCAGUUAGAUCCAGAUAAUCGUAAGUAGGCUACCGCCAAGGAUUAUUCCAGCCUUCAAUAUAUCAGAUUGCUUUACCUUGUCAAAUCAUGAUUUGAAAUAUAUAAAGUAAAAAAACACAUUUGAAGU